CAUUUAUCUUCUGUCGAUACCAUUGCCAGUGGCGACUACAAAUCAAGGGAUCCUGGGAGCAUGUUCCUACAGAAACUAGGCUGGGAUACACUGGAGCAGAGCUCGAGGAGAGCGAGAGGAAGACUAAUUGUGUUGCACAAUAUCAUCACUUUUGUUCAGUUGUUAUGGCGUUAUUAAGUGGUAUCAGAUUGACUGGAAUGGGUGCAGAGACUGGAACUUGCAUUCAUGUAUAAUUAUAUAUAAAAAUAUAGGGCAUUAUCCCAUACAGUAUGGUGACAGAAAUAUACAGAUGUUGAAUGCCUUUAACGGUGUGUUUAUUUCUUAAUCAGAAGUUAAAACUAAAAUGCCUGACCUAGGGAAAGCUGCAGAAGUAAUAACUACCACAGAGAGACAGCUUGUUAAACUGGCUCGGAAGCAUAUUCCAGUCUCUACAGCCACAGUCCAGAAACCACUUCAAUGCAGUAGAGCAAUCCACAGUAGCGCUGUUGUCCAAGCCGAUUAUGACAAAGAUGAAAAUCCACCAAUGGGGCGAUUUAAAGUCCCAAAGAAAAAAUGGUUCAGGUACAACGAUAUUGUUUACCCACCUCAGCUGCCGGGGGAACCAAGGCGUCCAGCGGAUGUUUGUCAUGGCAGAAUGGAUAUCAAAUAUUCUAAAGACAAAUUGUGGUACACAGCAGGAAUGAUCCGUGGGAUGACCAUAGACGAAGCCAUGAAACAACUGACCUUCAGUCCACACAAGGGAGCUCAUAUUAUACUGGAGGUACUGAAGGAAGCUCAGCAAAUAGCUGUUGAAGACCACAAUGUAGAGUUCAGAUAUAAUCUAUGGAUCGAGGAAUCCUUUGUUAAUAAGGCAAAGAAAAUGAAGGCUAUGGGAGGAUCUAAAGUCAUUACGGUGAAUUCUUGUCAUUAUUAUGUACGCAUAUCGGAAGGAAAACCACCAAAGCAUUACUUUGAACCAGUGAAAACAGGUUAUCAGCAAAUGGAAGAAUAUAUCAAAUCUCAGCGAGCAAGAAAAAUAAAGUGGUCUCUUUAGCUUAGGAAUUGUUUUAGAAACCAUAUGGAUAAUUUAUGUGUGUGCUGACAAUACUGCGUGUUUAUGUAGUCAGUAUCAUGGACAAUAUCACUGUAUACCAGAAAUAACCUUAUAUAACAGGUGAGCAAAAGAGAAUCCUUAGGUUUUUUGUUUGUGUACUUUUCUAUGGAAUUCCCAAUUUGGUGAAAGGUCUGAAAAAUUUGAAGAAACCAAAAAACUAUAUGUAGAUGGAGGCUGAAUAACAUACAGUGAGGAUAAUUUUGCACAAGUUGAAAUUUCCAUUAAAAUAUGAAAAUAUUCGU